CUCCACAGUGAAGGCAGGCGCACGGCCCAGGCCCCACUCUUAGCGCGUGGCAGCUCGUUAGCUGCGGCGUCAACACCACGGCCGGCCGAUCUCAACCUCGACCGCAGCCUGGACGCCGCACUUUCGCGCAGCCAGCAACGCCGGACUCAGUUGCAAACCCAGACCUCCGCGCCACACAUAAACCCCCAUGCGGCUCCGUCCAAAGGAGCAUCUGAGUCACGAUGUCUGGCGUGGACACGGCCGACUCAGCGACUUCGGCACCCACAACUGCCCCUGCUAACGAUGCUUCCCUCGGCCCUGAGCGACUCGCAUUUGUUACCCCGCGAACCUAUCUCGAGCAGGCGCGGCCUGCUAUGUCUCCGCGGGCUCUCACAGCUGUGGAUCGGGAGCAGUUGGACGGACUGAGGACGAUUCGCGCCUUCUUGAAAGUGCGGACGAGCUACGAUGUGUUGCCUCUCAGCUAUCGCCUGAUUGUGUUCGAUACGUCGCUGUUGGUGAAGAAAAGCCUUAAUAUUCUGAUUCAGAACGGCAUUGUCUCCGCCCCGCUAUGGGACUCCAAGAGCUCAACCUUCGCUGGUCUGCUCACGACCUCGGAUUACAUCAACGUCAUUCAGUAUUACUGGCAGAACCCUGAUGCUCUCGCCAGGGUAGACCAGUUUCGCUUGAACAGCCUUCGAGAUAUCGAGAAAGCUCUCGGCGUUAUACCGAUCGAAACCGUCUCCAUCCACCCCGAGCGGCCGCUCUAUGAAGCAUGCCGGAAGAUGCUCGAAUCUCGCGCUCGACGUAUCCCCAUCGUCGAUAUCGAUGACGAGACGCACCGCACCAUGGUCGUUAGUGUGAUAACACAGUACCGCAUUCUGAAGUUUAUCGCGGUGAAUGUCAAGGCGACGCAGAAGUUGCGAAAACCACUAAAGGAACUUAACGUGGGGACUUACACAGGUCUAGCGACUGCGAAUAUGGACACGCCGGUUAUGGACGUCAUACAUAUGCUCGUCAAGAAGAGCAUUUCGAGCGUGCCAAUCAUCGACAAGGACGGUACUGUGCUCAAUGUGUUCGAAGCUGUCGACGUUAUCACGCUUAUCAAAGGCGGUGUAUACGACGAUUUGAACCUCAGUGUGGGAGAUGCGCUGCUCAAACGCUCGGAUGAAUUCCCGGGCAUCUACACAUGCUCCAUGCAAGACCAACUCUCCACCAUCUACGACACGAUCCGCAAGUCGCGCGUUCACAGAUUCAUCGUCAUUGACGAGGAGAGCAAACUCAAGGGUGUCCUUACGCUCAGCGAUAUCCUUGAAUACACGCUGCUUGAGGGGGAGGAGAAUGAGUAGACUCGCCUUUCAAGCAUCUGUCUUUCUGAACUAUAUGAUAUCUUUAUGUAGUCUUAUGACUGUAGGUUAAAUCAUGGCAGAGCGCUCGGCGUGGCGCAUUUGGUAUGGGGCUUGGCGUGGGCACGGCAAGGUAAUGAUUGGCAUCGCGGGCGAUAUUGGGCGGAUGGUUUGAUUAUAUCCAAUGGUUCUUGAAUGAAUGAUAGACUCUUUCAUACAUCAGUUGUAUUGCUCUUCUUGUCGCUUCACAAUAUCUUGGGUUAGCG